AGUUGCUAUGGCUCAUUCUGUAAAACAGAAAUCUUAUGGUAUAAAUAGAUUUCUCUACAUUUUAACCUUCACGACAGACAACUUGCUUUAGCGGGUUCUUGUACAGUCAUGCAGUUUUUCUGUUGAUUAUUGCCAGAAGUAUUGAUACAACUUUUUGUGCAUGCACCUCACAAGUAUUUACAUAAAGCAAUUUUCUUAUUUUUAAAGGAAUCAUAAUUUGAUGGAGAAUCUCAUGGUUACCCCCACACCUGCAGUCAAAUACAGUGGGAAAUUAGCUUGAGAGAUCCUGUGUUUUGUGGUUUCAGUGUUUUGAGAGGACUUGGCUUGUUAAAUUGAACUUUCCACACUAGCAAUUCCUGCAUCUUCAGAAGAGCCACAUCGGCAAUUUCCAAGUGUGCAGUUUCAUUUGCAUAAUAGGAGCAAUUUGUUGCCAUCCACAGCUCUUCUGUGGAAAUGCAGCCACUGAAAAUUAAAAUACCUUGCAUCCAACAUUUCCUAGAACAGAGUUUUGUGAGAUUUGUGUGCUCGGAGCAGUGCGUGCCAGGGAUGGGCAGGGAGACAGACCGGGCUGUGAACUCUUCCGUGCUGAUGGUGGCUUUAUCCAGGGCAGUGUCCACCUGUGCAGGUGUGCAGCACCUUGCUGUGCUUGGUGUUCCUGAAUCUCUGUGCUGCCUUGUCUAUGAAAGGCAGUUUCCAUCAGGGCAGACUUUUUUCCUCAGAAAACCAGUAUUCUUGGACAGCCAGCUCUUGGAUGCAAGUCCCUGGUCUUCCAGUCCGCUUGUGCAUGGCACUUCUGGUUAUUGCUGGAACUUAGUAGUAAACAGUGAAGUUGUUACGUUUUUAUCUUGAGAUUACUGUAACCUUAUCUUCUUUGUUUAAACCACGCUCAUGAAUGAGCAUCUGUUUUGGAAAACAUGCAGCACGUGGCUUACAGAAUACAUGGUUGCCUUGUGUUUGCCUGGCAGAAAUGUUAAAUUUCCUCAGUAAGAGAACAGUUCUACUUUAACAGUACUUAAAAUUCUUCUGUCAGUCUAUUUUAAAAAAUCCUCUGAGAUUAUAUUAUCUCAGUAAAUGGUACAGGAUUGGUUUUUUGUCUUUAAAGGUUGAUGGGAACAUGUAGAUUCCAAGUGGGCUUUCAAGAAGAAAGGGGCAAAAACUAUUGUGCCUUCAAUCAGCAUUAGAAAAAUACUGAAUAUACUCUUGGUUUUUGUCAGUGUCUGAUUUAUUAAAUGAAGGAAAACACAGACAUCUACUGAGACACAAGGAAUGAGCAGAAGGAAAGCAUAAGUGGUAGGAUGUCUUGGGAGGCACUGAAAUAAUUUGCAUGGAUACAUAGCACUGCUGGACUUUAGGACAGCUGUGCAAACACGUAAGGAUGGAGAUCUGGAAUACCUGGUGGGAAUAGGUAACCCUGGCUUUAGAGAAUGCACCUGGAAUUGGGAAAUCCCACUGUGUUGCCUUGCCUUUGAAUUGCAGUAUUUCUCAGGAGUCCUUUGACCUUUUUCUGACCCAUCAGAGCCCUGAUCUGUGGGUAGUGAUAACACCUUAGGAAGAAGAGAUGAACCUGGACAACUGGUGAAAGUACCUGGAGAAAGUUGUGGGGAAAAGUCCCCAUGGGCUGUGUUACCUGGUGCCAUUGGCUGGGAUCGUGAGCUGUAGCUAGUUAGGAUUUCUAGGCAGUGCUGCUGUCGCUUUUCUGUUCAGUGUCUCCAUUCAGACUUGCUAAAAUGCUUUUGUGUGGUAUGUAAUGCUCUGAGAUUGAGCUUCUGCAGGUUUUGCUGCUCAUGCCUCCUUCUUCAAAUAGGCUUUCUGAAAAGGAGUCAUGACACAGAACUCCUUAACACGGUGUCUUUGGGAAAAGGCUGUUUGCUACUCCCAGAUCACCUCCCUGCUUUAGCCUGUCUGUGUUGGGUUUUCUCCUAAGACUGUAGUUCAAGUAGUGGCAGUUGAAGUAAAAAUACCAAGUGUAUGUGCAGUAGUGCACUGAAGUUCUGUAGUGGCCCAAACACACUGUUUCCAUCCUUGAAUUAUGAUACCUUUCUUUUUUCCUGGCCUGUGACUAUUUCUUUCUGAGCCAGGAUAUGCCCUCUGACUUCAGUGGGAGCUGAAGGUGGAGUUUUGGCAUGUGGAAGCCAUGGUUCUCUCUGCUGUGAGCAAGAUGUUUGUGGCCACGUGGAACCAGGCAGGGCUUGCUUUAAGCCAUGUGUACAUUACAGGGGUCUCCCUAAAUGUGCACCAGAGAGAAGGUGUCUGUGACCACAUGUCCUUGCCCAGUCACUCUACAUGGCAUUUUAUUGUAUUUGCAGCCUGGUCAAUAAACACCACGUGUGUUUGGGGCUCCUUCACGUUAGUCACUAGACAAACAUCUACUCAGUAGUAGGCGUGCUCGGAAAAGCAAGCCUACGCUUCAAAAAAAUCAUUUUUUGUGCAUCUGACAGCACUUUUUGUGUAUAAUAAUGGCAUAUUCUUUCCCGUCCCCUUUCUCUUUUGCUUGAUCCCACAGGGAGGUCAUAAUUCUGUGAUUUUCACCAAACUCUGUUGCAAUGCAAGUGAGUGUGAUGUGAUAAAUUCAGCAUUAUGACGUCACUUCGUGAUCACCAGCAGAAGAUGGGGGAGAAGAAGUGGGUGACAGUUGGCGACACAUCCCUAAGGAUUUACAAAUGGGUACCAGUAACAGAGCCUAAAGUGGAUGAUAAAAAUAAGAAUAAGAAAAAGGGCAAAGAUGAAAAAUGUGGCUCUGAAGUGACCACUCCAGAGAACAGCUCCUCCCCAGGGAUGAUGGACAUGCAUGAUGACAAUAGCAACCAGAGUUCAAUAGCUGAUGCUUCCCCAAUAAAACAGGAAAACAGCAGUAAUUCCAGUCCAGCACCAGAGCAGAACUUGGCAACACAAGCAGAUGGCACUGAAGUCAAGUCUGACGAAACUCAGGCAGAGGCAAAGGAGCAGCCUGGUUCAGAAGAUACCUCUGAUGAACAGAAUUCACAGUCUUCAAUGGAAAAUUCCAUGAAUAGUUCAGAGAAAGCAGAAAUUCAGUCCUCUGGAGAAAAUGAUUUAAUUACAGAGGCAUCUAAAAACUCUCAGGACUCUGAAGGAGUGCCACCUUCUAAAAAGAUGAAAGUAGAGGCUUCCCAACAAAAUGUUGAAGAGAUUUAGACUAUAGAUUUUUCUGGUCAGUUUUUAUGUAAGGUACAUCAGUGGGCUUAAUUAUAGAACAACCUUACUUAAGCAUCUUCUCUUGGAUGAGGACAGAACUCCUAACUUUUCAAGUUACCAAGCAAAAAUCCAAGAAAGCCUAACAAAGGUUUAACUUCUCAGACACUGAAAACUUUUUCCUGUGAAACAAACAUUGAGAACUUUUAAGUUACUGUCUCUGAAAUGGUUGGAGUAAACAACUCAGGAGGGGUCUACGCACUGUUUCUAAAGUCAAAAUUACAAUUAUGUUGCUGCUGUAUUUUUUUUUUUUUUUCAUUUCUCUAUUUAACAUUGUAAGAUAUUUAAGGAUGGUACAGGUCAGGUAUUAGCUUUCAUGUGAAGUUCAUUGUUCUGGCGUGAUGUCUGCUUUUGUUUUGUGCCUUGUGUUCUGAAAACAGUGCUAACUUUUAAAAGUUGUUUUGCAACUGUCUCCUUUGCAAAGUGGCCUAUGUUUGCAUAAUGCCAUGUAGUAAGGCUUUUUUUUUUUUUUUUUUCCUUUUUUUUUGGUUGGGGUUUUUGUUUCAUUUUUAAGUUUUAAAUCCCUGGUGCUUAAAUUUUUAAACAACUACAAAUCAGGAAGCCAUUUUCACUCUUGGAGUCCAAGGAGAAAAAGGAGCUUGAUACUUUAUUUUAGCAGCUAUAGUGGAGAUCUUUUAUUGAAUGCAUGGCAUUCGCAACUGUAAAUUUGGUCUUCUAAAUACUUAACUUCAUCAGAAGUUAACAUGAUCUGUUUACCAUUUAUAGUCCAGAUCUGAAUAGAUAUUAUAACACAGGCACUUAAAAUACUUACGUAUUAGGUCCAGAUCUCUGUACUGGGUACAACUUGCUUUACAGAAAAGUUCCACUAUGUACAUAAAUAGGAUCAAAGGGAUUGAUGCACAGUGAGUUUAUUUUCAAUUGGUCUUUUUUGAUAUCAUGUUUUCACUGAACUGGAUUUCAUUGUACUGUUUCAUUAUGAGAUGUUUACUUCUAUGUUCCAGGAAAAUACUGUACUGGGGAGGGGGUUCCUUACUCUCUUUCAGCAAGUCUUGUAAAUAAGCCUUGUUGUUUCCAUAGUCCAGUUCCUAACUCCAGCUAGGAAUGUUCCUUCUCUUCCAAUUAACGUUGAAGUGUGCUUAUGCUAACAAAACUAACGGAAAGGCACAAGGUAGGUGCAGCUCCCCUCAAAUUCCUGGCGAGCAGAAGUGUGGAACCCAUCUGCAUCAGGUCACGAGGGUCUGGUCUUCCAGUGAGGCUUUGUACUUCACACACACACACACACACACCCAUCCAUGUGUCCAUCCGUGCUGCUGGAUCGGGGCCUUGCUCUGUCUUCUCCUGGUGUGGGAGAUGGAACUUGGGAUUUGAAAUACGAUCUCACAGCUCUGGAAAUGGUUGCGUGUAGUUUGUAAGCUGAAAAACUGUAAAUACUUUUUUAGAUGAAAAAAAAAAAAAAUUGCUUCCAGUUGAUAAUGUUUUUUCAUGAAUUAGGUCUUCUUGAAGAUUAUUUAGGUCUGAAUUCUCCAAUAGUGAAAAUGGCUUGCACUUAGACUACUGCAUUACGUUUGCAAUUACCACUUUAUUAGGAAAAAUAAUGAGGAACUGGGGGGAGGGAAAAGGGGAGGGAGGAGUGGGGAGCCAAUACUGACCUUCCAUAAGAUGUUUGUAGGAUUGAACCUCAAAUAAACCUAUGACACUCAACUUUUCCUUUAUGUUGAAAUAAAACAUUUUGGAUUUUAACUGAAUAAAAUUUGAUUGCAAAUCAUUCAUGAAAACAGCGUGCUCCCUAAUAAGAUUUUGGGAUUUCUGGUCUGAUCAUGAAGUCCAUUAACAUUCUGAAAAUAAGGAAAUGAGGAGCCAAAAAGUGAAUUUGCACAAUAUAUGCAAUGAAACGGUAGAAUUCUCUCUUGAAUUGUGUGUAUGCCUAAAAUGUGGAUAACUGGUCCAUGACAAUUGAUUUGUAUGUAUAUUACAUUCAGAUUUAAGUGAUAUUUUGUGAGAAGUUCUAUUGAUAUAUUAAAUGGGCAAAUCUAGAAAGAUUCAAACUUCUAAAUAUUUUUGAUUUAUUAACUUUUCGUUAUUCUUAAUGCUAAAACAAAACAAAUUGAUGCCACCUUUGACAAGUAGUCAUGUUUACUAAUCCCUCUCUUCAGGUGCAUCGCAGCAAGUUUUUAAUUUUCAUUUUGUAGAUGUUUCCAAGGGAGUAAAUAGACUUUUCAUUUAGGAACUAAUUCCUGUACUUUAGGAAGAAAUAAAAUAUAUAAAUAGCACUAAAAAUACCUCAAAUUUUUCAUUAGAUAGAAGCAUUUAUUGGCAUUAUUGACAUCAACAGGUUUAAUUAUAAACUUCCUUUUCUCUCCUGUGGCUUCUGCUCAGAACUGUUCAUUGUUCUGUGGCUAAUGAGACAAGGCAUCAUAACCAUCUUCCUAGAGGCUUUAUUUCUGAGGUAGAAAUCCUUUAUUUACAGCUUCUACAGAAUGCAUUCAGAUCUUUUAUUUUAACCAGAGAUUCUAGUGACAACAGACAACUGAACAAGCAGAUAGAUUUGGGUUCCUUAGACCUGUUAUUGUCAGUCUCUGAUGGAAGAGACUUUGACAUUAUCUGGUAUGAAGAAAUCCAAAAUAGUGUAUAAGACUGUUAUUAGUCUUUCUUUGAAGUGCCUGAUAACAUUUAUGGGCCAACGGAUGUGAUUGAACACAUUUUAAUGCCAGAAAGUACAGAUGGGACCAAACCAGAACAUGGAAUUCAAAUCCACCUGAGGUUUGAAACCAGAUAUAAAUCCAGCUUUCUUUGGCUUGGACCUAUCUCUACCCAAAACUUGUUUUAUGAACUCACUGUAAAAGGGUUUAUUGAAAGCAUUGAGAGGUGGAGCAGGAGGAGAGAUGUAAUUUUUUUCAAGAUGACUGAAAGUUCUCAUACAGCUGAUGUUUUAGAAAUAGUGCAAAUAUCAAGAAGUGCUUCCUUGCUACAAUGCUGAAUGUUGGAGCUUCAGUUACAAAUAAAUAAAUAAAAAAAAAUUAAAAAAAAAAUAUUAAAAAAAAAAAAAAAAGAAACUAGAAGCAAGCAAGUAAUUUAGCUGAGUUUGUGGAACACGUGGGAAGGCCUUCCGGAUAAUCGAUUUACUCAGCCAAACAUUUUAUAGCAGAACUAUUCCUUGGAAUUUUUAUGCUUGGGAAAGUAGUUGUUAAACAUUCCAAAAA